AUGUCAUUUCAGGACAUUGGUGACAUUAGUGACAGAAGGGCAGAAACACGAGUUUAUACACAGGCAGAGGUUGAUGCCAUUAUUGCUAGAUACAGUGUAAAGCAGAGUGUUUUCGUUACUGAUCAGACUACACUGUACCGGCGGGUUGAAUAUUUGGAAAAUAAAUUGGUGAAUUAUCAGCUGCAUUCAGAAACGCUUGUUGAAUACCUUAGGGUCAAGAGAAUACCAAGGGGUCUAAGGCUUAAUAUUAGACCAAAUUUUUGUAAAGCUUGUAAGGAUUUUUGUGUGAAUUGGUACAAAAUCCUAAACAAGUGUAGUUUGGAUCUCAUAGCAUUGACAGUAGAAGGAUUGCAACAGGAUUUGGUUGAAAUUGAAGGUCUGCUUAGUGAUACCAAGAAAAAGUUGUUUGAGACUGGUGAGAAAGCAGUAAUAGAAGAUAAAUUGGUUGCGAUUUCCUCCCGGUUACCCAAACAUAGGGAAGAAGUGCUUGAGAGGAAAUUGGAUAAGUUUCGUAGGGAUACGGUUGACUAUUUAGAGGAUAAAGUGUAUUUUUGGAGACAACAACGUGAGCCACGUAAUUUCCAAAGGAGAAAUAGGAAUACUAAUGACACUAGUCUAUCUGACCCUGAGGGAACAUCGGGUGAUUCAGAAUCUAGCACCCACGUUCGUUUUUUAGGAAGAGCUCAAGAACGAGACGCGGUAGGAGGAGGAGAAAGAGUAAACAGGAAAGUAACAGCGCCUGUAAUAACCGAAUCCAAGAAGAGAUAUCCAGGGAGAACGAGACAGCAGACAAGACGCUGGUAA